AUGACGACGGGGAAAACUGGGAUUUAUCAUUGGAAGUUGGGCGACAUAUCCCGGGCGAGAAUAUGUAAGAAAGUUUACGCAAACGUGCAAGUAGUGAAAAACGAUGAUGGAUUGUUUUAUGACGACAAAGUUCUAGGCAUAUCAGCCAAUGAAGAUGGUUCCAUAACAGUGAAAGAGGAACUAUGCUACUAUGUGGAGACCUGCAAAACCAAGAACAGAUUCUGGCUGCCAUACACCUGCAUGUUCCUUGCAGAAAGAUCUAGACCUUUCUAUGGGCCUGCGUACAAGACUCUUAAGAUAAUCACUCCAGUGCCUAAAACACCAUCGGUUCCUAGGAAGAGAAAAAUAAAAGAAGAUUUAACAGUACCGCUCAACGUUAAACUAAACCCAUAUAGAGAACCAGACCUGAACACCACAUAUGAUGCAAUCCAUACUCCUUUAAAACAAGGCAGAUAUGAAAAUGCCUUCAAAGAAUUCAUCCGUCGAGGGAAAGAAUCUCUCUUCGAUGAGUACUAUGAAUACUUACAACGUGACAUAGACACGAACAGAGAUUGUCUGGAUUUCCUGAUGAACGUGGACGCAAGUACGGAAGACAAGUUUGAAAUGGUGAUAAAGAAUAUAGUAUCGGAGAAAGAAAUUGAGAAUUAUUUGCAUCAGUGCUGGCGAUACAAUUUUGUUCAUAAGCACAUAGAUAGUAAUAAGGAUAACUCUGAUAGUUCUAAUUCAACAUCACCCGUGAAGCCAGUCAUCACUCUACAUACACCAUGGUGCCUUGUCUGUGGCAAGGGGGAGAGACUCAGAGAGUGCCCCAACUGUCCCUCUGCCUUCCACCUCGCUUGCAGACGAGAAUGGCUGGUCACUGUUAUACAUCGUAAGAAUCCACCAAAGAAGGCCAACAAGCCAGUGACGCUGGUCGAGAAGAUAUUGUCCAGCACCCGCACUAUAUGUUCUGUGCGCAAAGAGAAGGAGAAUAUUGAGCUAUGUCCUAGCUGCAUGUGGGGACCGAGAGUUGGUUACGACGACGUAGUCUGGCACAAGCUGGGCCCGUGCCCGUGGUGGCCGGCGCGAGUGCUGACUCCGGGAUCCACGCCCUCGUGUCUGCUCGCCAGGAACCACUCGCCGCAUCACUGGCCGCUCAAGUAUUAUGGCACACUAAACCACGCAUGGGGCGAGUUGUCCCGCAUGAGCCUGUUCCUGCCCGCGCACUCGCACCAGGCGCCAAGAGACGAGAUGCUUGCUAAGGCUAUACUCGACGCCUGCGACGAUUAUAUUGCCGUCUACCUUACUUAGGAAUGUAGUUAUUAAUAUUAUAAUAUGUGAAACAUAUAGAACUGACAACUAAAUUAAAAUAAAAACGGUAUAGGUACUCCAUUUGUGUAGGCACUAAACUAAAGGUAAACUUAGCUUAAAGCUUAGGUAAGGUAAACUAAGCUUAAAGCUUAGGUAAGGUAAACUAAGCUUAAAGCUUAGGUAAGGUAAACUAAGCUUAAAGCUUAGGUAAGGUAAACUAAGCUUAAAGCUUAGGUAAGGUAAACUAAGCUUAAAGCUUAGGUACGGUAAACUUAGCUAAAAGGUUAACUUUAUGUAGUAGUAUCGAUACAUUUUUUACAUAAAUAGACAUAUUGAACAAAUAAUUUGGAUACUGCUUAGACUGAAGAAAAUAAUGAUUCAAUUGGUUACCCAAUUAAUGCUUUAUUGUAUUUACGGAGAUAUUUUAGCUGCAUUUCAUUUUCAAAUUGACUU